AUGGUGUACAACAACAUGUCCACUUCUGAACUUUUUGAAAAUCCCAGCGAUGUCCUGGAGCUUAGGUUUUGGGCUUCUUACCGCGGACAAACAUUAGCUAGGACUGUACGGGGAAUGAUGUACUACAGGAAGGCAAUUAUGCUCCAGAGCUAUUUGGAAAGGAUUUCUCCCGGAGAUACGGAAGCCACACUCUCAGCAAAGGAGGCCUUUGACACUCAAGGUUUUGAGCUGUCCCCUGAAGCUCGAGCGCAGGCAGAUCUUAAGUUUACGUAUGUUGUAACAUGCCAAAUCUAUGGGAAACAGAAAGAACAACAAAAACCAGAGGCUGCAGACAUUGCAAUGCUGAUGCAACGACACGAGGCUCUUAGAGUUGCUUUCAUUGAUGUUGUUGAAACUCUAAAGGAGGGUAGAGUUCAUACAGAGUACUACUCAAAGCUUGUUAAGGCUGACGACAAUGGGAAAGACAAGGAAAUAUACUCCGUAAAAUUACCAGGAGAUCCAAAACUUGGUGAAGGGAAGCCUGAAAACCAGAACCAUGCUAUCAUUUUUACACGUGGUAGUGCAGUUCAGACAAUUGAUAUGAAUCAGGAUAAUUACUUCGAGGAAGCCUUGAAGAUGAGAAAUUUGCUGGAGGAGUUCUAUCAUGAUCAUGGUAUUCGUCCUCCAACUAUUCUUGGUGUAAGAGAGCAUGUCUUCACAGGAAGUGUUUCAUCCUUGGCGUCAUUCAUGUCCAACCAAGAGACAAGUUUUGUAACUUUAGGCCAACGUGUUUUAGCAAAUCCUCUGAAGGUGCGCAUGCAUUAUGGACAUCCAGAUGUGUUUGAUCGAGUUUUCCACAUAACAAGAGGCGGCAUCAGCAAAGCAUCACGUGUUAUUAACAUUAGCGAAGAUAUAUAUGCUGGGUUCAAUUCAACAUUGCGUCAAGGCAAUAUUACUCACCAUGAGUACAUUCAGGUUGGAAAAGGUCGAGAUGUUGGUCUUAAUCAGAUUGCAGUAUUUGAAGGGAAAGUGGCUAGUGGUAAUGGUGAACAGGUUCUUAGUAGGGACAUUUACAGACUCGGUCAACUCUUUGAUUUCUUCCGCAUGCUGUCGUUCUACUUCACCACUGUUGGAUUUUAUUUUUGUACUAUGUUAACAGUGCUGACUGUGUAUAUUUUUCUGUACGGGAAGAUAUAUUUGGCACUCUCUGGAGCCGGUGAAUCUAUUAUGGAAAAAGCCAAUGUGUUGCAGAACACUGCAUUGACUGCUGCUCUCAAUACACAAUUUCUUUUCCAGAUCGGUGUUUUUACUGCUAUACCGAUGAUUUUGGGAUUCAUUUUGGAGCAAGGUUUUUUGAGGGCGGUUGUCAGUUUUAUCACAAUGCAACUCCAGCUUUGUUCUGUCUUCUUCACAUUUUCUCUUGGCACAAGAACGCAUUAUUUUGGUAGGACAAUUCUCCAUGGGGGUGCAAAGUAUCAAGCAACAGGCAGGGGGUUCGUGGUGCAACAUAUUAAAUUUUCAGCAAAUUAUAGGCUAUACUCGCGAAGCCACUUUGUUAAAGGGUUAGAAGUUGCACUUUUGCUGGUGGUGUACGCUGCUUAUAGAUAUGAUGAUGGUGGUGCUUUAGGCUAUAUUCUUCUUUCUGUUAGCAGUUGGUUCAUGGCACUCUCUUGGCUAUUUGCACCCUAUGUGUUCAAUCCAUCUGGUUUUGAAUGGCAGAAGACUGUAGAGGACUUCAGAGACUGGACAAAUUGGCUCCUGUAUAGAGGUGGUAUCGGAGUAAAGGGCGAGGAGAGCUGGGAAGCUUGGUGGGAGGGAAUUGGUAUUUUUGAACAUAUUCGAACAUUUGGAGGGAGGUUAAUGGAGAUCUUACUGAGUUUAAGAUUUUUCAUUUUCCAGUACGGCAUUGUUUACAAGCUGCAUGCAUCAGGGGAUGAUACCUCUUUGACGGUCUACGGGUUAUCGUGGAUCGUGCUUGCUGUUCUCAUUAUUCUUUUCAAGGUGUUUACCUUUAGCCAGAAGAUAUCUGUUAAUUUCCAGCUGGUGCUGCGCUUUGUCCAAGGCGUAUCAUUCAUGCUAGCAAUGGCUGGUUUGGCUGUUGCAGUGGUACUGACUAAUCUAUCCGUGCCAGAUAUCUUUGCCUGCAUCUUGGCAUUUGUACCCACUGGAUGGGGUAUUAUUUCGAUAACUGUUGCUUGCAAGCCGUUGAUGAAGAAGCUUGGGUUGUGGAAGUCGAUACGCUCCAUUGCUCGUCUAUAUGAUGCUGGAAUGGGAAUGAUUAUCUUCAUUCCCAUUGCCAUUUUCUCCUGGUUCCCCUUUGUCUCAACAUUUCAGACACGACUGAUGUUCAACCAAGCAUUUAGCCGGGGGUUGGAGAUUUCUCUCAUCCUUGCUGGAAACAACCCGAACUCUGAUCUAUGAUGGCUGUGUUUCAUUUUAAACUCUGUAUUGUAAAAUGUAGGAAUGAAAUGUUUUUAGGCUUUACUCCAUUUUUCAGUGUCAGGAUAGUAAGAUGUGUAAUGACGUUUGAUCAGUUGUGA